AUGUGCUCCCUAACCAAGAUAGAAAAACUCCUGGAAGGUUGCGAGCAGUCCCAUCUAUUGAAGUUCUACAACGAUCUGGGCGAUGUGGAAAGAGAACAGCUUCUGAAGCAAUUGGGUACUAUAAGGUUCGAAGAAAUCAACAAGCUGUACAAAGAUGCCCAAGCUUCAUUGAAAGGAGAAGUCACGAAGCUGGACAGCAAAAUGAAACCAAUACCAGCUGAUAAGUUCGAGUCAGAAGAAAGCUUGAACUCGGAUGUGAUAGAUGAAUAUCGAAGAAUUGGUUUAGAAGCAAUCUCCAACAACCAAGUAGCAGUUGUCCUUAUGGCAGGAGGACAAGGCACCAGGCUUGGAGUCAAUUACCCCAAAGGUAUGUUCUCCGUUGGGUUACCAUCUGGCAAAACCUUAUUCCAAGUGCAAGCUGAGAGGAUACAAAAACUCACUAAACUAGCAAAACAGCAAACUAGUAAGAGCGGGAAGAUCUGUUGGUACAUAAUGACAAGUGGACCAACACAUAUAACUACAGUGAACUACUUGAAGAAAAACGAUUACUUUGGCCUGAACGAAGAUGAUGUGAAACUAUUUCAACAGGGACUCUUGCCAUGUUUCGAUUUCGAAGGAAAAAUUUUGUUGGACGAAAAACAUUCAGUGGCCUUAGCUCCAGAUGGCAAUGGUGGUAUCUACAGGGCACUAAGAGAUAAUGGCAUACUGGCAGAUAUGAAGAAGCGAGGCAUCAAGUAUGUACACGUUCAUAGUGUCGAUAAUAUCUUAGUUAAAGUGGCUGAUCCAGUUUUCAUCGGUUAUUGUGUGAGCAAAAAAGCACACUGUGGUGCCAAGGUGGUGAGAAAAUCUGGACCAUCAGAAGCAGUCGGGGUCGUCUGUCAGGUGGAUGGGAGUUUCCAAGUUGUUGAGUAUAGUGAGAUUACUGAUAAAACAGCAAACCUGAGAGAUGUGAAAGGAAACUUGGUAUUCAGUGCAGGAAACAUCUGUAACCACUUCUUUUCCACGGAGUUCUUGGACCAGAUAGCUGAAGAAUAUGAAACACAGUUGAAGCUGCACGUCGCUAAAAAGAAAAUCCCCUACGUGAAUGAUAAGGGUGAGAAAAUAAUACCAAUCACGCCGAAUGGUAUCAAAAUUGAAAAGUUCGUGUUCGAUGUGUUUCAGUUCACUGAUAACUUCGUGACGUGGGAAGUACCAAGGAGUAGUGAGUUCAGUGCUUUGAAAAACGCUGACAGCGCAGGUGUGGAUUGUGCCAGCACCAGCAGGAGAGAUUUGUUGAGGUUGCAUAAGAGCUAUAUCAUUGAUGCUGGCGGAAGAGUCGAUUGUGAUGAAGUUGAGAUAUCGCCACUAUUGUCGUAUGCUGGUGAGGGUUUGGAGAAAGUGAAAGAAAGAGUAUUCAAUUCGAAAACUGUGAUAUUAUCUGAUGAGGAAGAAUUACUAAUGAACAAUAAUGACUAUAGUAAACGUGAUAUUAAUGGUUUGAAUAUUGGUUUAACUCAAUUCGGCAAUUAG